AUGUCCGAGAAACAAGCUCAUUUGAACGGGGCCUACUACGGCCCCUCAAUCCCACCCAAAUCCCAAGCCUACCACCGCCCUGGCCGUGGCAGCGACCCUCUCGGCUGCUGCUGCAGCUGCAUCUUCGGCCUUAUUUUCAAGCUCAUUAUGACCGCCGUCGUCAUAGUGGGCCUGGCCUUUUUCAUCUUCUGGCUCAUAGUCCGCCCCAACCGCAUCAAGUUCCACGUCACCGAGGCCCACCUCACCCAAUUCAACUUCUCCAAUGACAACACCCUCCACUACAACCUCGCCAUCGACCUCACCAUCCGCAACCCCAACAAGAAGAUCGGGGUCUACUACGACCGCAUCGAGGCCAGGGCCAUCUACGAGGACCAGAGGUUCAGCACGAACACCUCGACGACGCCCUUUUACCAAGGGCACAAGAAAACGAACGUGGUGAACCUGGUGUUCCAGGGCCAGCAGGUGAUCCCAGACACGAAAGUGCUCUCCGAGUACAAUGAGCAGAAGAAUAGUGGGCUUUACGAGAUCGACGUCAAGCUUUACCUUCGGGUUCGAUUCAAGCUCGGAUUGAUCAAGACCGGCAAGUUCAAGCCCAGGAUUAAAUGCGGGUUGAAGGUUCCAUUGACUCAGAAUGGAAGCUCAUCAGUUGGCACUUUCGAGACUACCAAGUGUGACGUUGAUUACUUCAAAUCAAUCUGA